AUGGCACCAGAGCGUAAAGUGACCGUUCAGCAGUCGGACUCCAACCUGAUCGACCAGGAGUUCAGCUCGAUUAGAGCCCGCUUCGACGAGGAGAUGCGCAAGAUGGAGGACGAGAUGAAUCGCUUCCGCGGACAGCUGGCCGACCGAGAGCGCACCUUCUUCGGGCCCAGUCUGACCAGUUCGAGCACCUCUGAGAAGCACUCCUCCCUCGGACGCAGCAGCAGUCCUAUUGGCGGCAGUGGCCAACUGACCCACUGGCUCGAUGACAUCAACUCACCACUGGUGCAGGAUGGCGACGACGGAAAGGUGCUCAAGUUACGCUUCGACGUCACCUCCUAUGCUCCUGAAGAAAUCGUCGUCAAAACUAUUGACAACCGACUGCAGGUGCACGCAAAGCACGAAGAAAAGGGCGAUAACCGAUCUGUUUACCGAGAGUACAACCGCGAGUUUCUCCUGCCGAAGGGUACCAAUCCUGAGAUGAUUCGCUCCAGCCUGUCAAAGGACGGUGUACUGACGGUGGAGGCACCGCUGCCGGCACUUGAACACCGAGACGGUGAUCGUCGAAUUCCCAUUCAACACAAGUAA